UAGAUCGUUAACCUCAACUAUCCUCAUCCAUCCGGCCAUCCAUCCAUCCAUCCAUCCAUCCAUGGGCAUGGACGGCGUCAAAGUCUCUCCCCUCACUCACCGAGUCCAAAGAGAAGCACAGACGCGCCCUUAAAGAGGUACAUCCCUCCCUUCUCCUUCCUGCCUGUUUGUCUUAAGUUGUGCAUUCAUUCAUUCCAUCCACACUGCACCCCUGAGCUGAGUGCAAUGGACGACGAACGGUAACGGGAGUACACACUAACUUGAAAAACCGACCAACCGGUUGGUCACUUCAGCUUCUGUGCUGCUCUCUGGCGAUUAGUGGGGUUCGGCACCCCUCCCUCCCUGCCCCCAUCCCUCCCUUUAAUGGUAUGUAUGCACCUUUCCGUCUCUCUCCCUCUGUUUGUUAGAUUCCGCAAGUCAGCCAGUCAGCCAAACAAAGAGUGACACAAAAACAACCAGACAAAGCAAGCAAAGCACGUGCUCUCAUGACAGAUAUCUAAGAUGAGCCGAGAGGGUGGUGGGGUGACGGAACAGACGUCGUAAGGAGAAUGCAUGAGACACACGCGGGAAAAUUGAUCAAUCGACAGAGGGAUGGGAUGGAGGAUGGGAGGGUGGGAGGGAGGCAGGGGGCAGGACUAGAUACCCCCACACGCCACGCCCAGCCAUUCGCCCGCCACCCCGCCCGCGUGUCUGUCUGCCUCUCCCCCACGUACCAAGAAAAGAGGUAGAAAAGGGACGGGGGAAGGCACACAGCCAUCUUUCCUUUCUGCAUCAUGCAAGUCAGUCAGUCAGUCAGUGAGGAAGUGAGCAAGAGAGUGAGGGAGCAGUCUGACACCUUUCAAUUACAAGGUCAACCCACCCUGCCCUCCUGUCUGUCUGUCUGUCUGUCUGGUAUCCCUCUAUAGGAUAUAUCCCCUCCCUCCGCCUUGGUCCGUCUCUUCACCCCGCACUUGGCUGGCUGGCUGCCUGCCUGGCUGGCCUUAUCAGCAGGCCGACAGUCAGCCAGACAGACCUUCACAUCACAUCACCCAUAAUACGCACCUACGUACGCACAAACACGUACGCUCAUCCACAUGCACGAAGCAUCAUCACCAGCACCAGCAGCAGCAGCAGCACCAGCAGUAGGCAGCCAGCCAGAGGCACAGAGAAGAGUAAGUGGUAGGGGUGGGACUGAGGGAGUCUGUUCAUCUGUGGGAGCAAACAGUUCAGACUCGCCUGCCUCAGCCGGCGCCCCUCCGCCUCCCCUCAACCUCCCCCUCCCGACCCACACACGCACACCAUACCACAGCAGCCACACUCACACUCACUCACAGUCAUGGCCGGCAGCUGGAGUGAGUGAGUCAGUCGCCCGGCCCGGCCGACUCUGUCUGUGUUGGCCGUGAGCUCAAAAAUAUAUGGAGCGAGCCAGGCAAAAGCAACACAGCGCAGCCAGGCCAGGCCACGCCAGGCGCGAGCAAUCUGUACAGUCAGGACGUUACCUUACACCAUCGGAUCGGAGGCAAACAGGAUAUAUGGGAUAGGAGAGGAGAGGAGAGGAGAGGGGCAUGGCAUGGCAUUGCCGUAGGUACUUGUUACGUACUUAUGUAUGGGUAGGUAUGACAUAAGGACUUCCUGCCUGUCCCGGUGCCUGUCUGUCUGUCUGCCUGUGCGCGUGUCGCCAUGACGCACGUUGCUGCUUAGUCAGUCAGCUUCAGCUGGUGUGUGCGUGUGAGUGUGGUGCCUCGUGCGAUGAUUCAUCGGACCAUCCCAAAUUCCGAGGCUCGUGUGUCCGUCUGCCGUGCGUGUGUGGAACGGUCAACUACCAAGGCCUACCUUCAUAGCUGUACACGAUACAAGAGUAAGUGGGGGAGGGGAGAGAAAGAGAGGGCCCUGCUGCCCUGCUGUGCUGCCUUCCUGUCUGCCUGCCUGUGUCGUCCCUCUCUGUGGAUGGGAUGAUGGGAGGUCUGGCUGCCUUGCCAGGGGUAUCGAUCAGCACACAGACACAUGCACACACACACACACACACACACACAAUGAGUGAAGGAAGCACGUAGUUAGGUACAAGACACCAAAAAGCGGGCAUAGCACCAGACACACAAGAGGCCAGGGCAGAGCAGGGCAGGGCAGGACAGGGCAGGUCAGCAGGGCACACGCGUAGCGGAGAGGAGAGGAGAGGAGAGGACGAGAAGAAAAGAGCACACGUAAACGCACCGAGGUUAUGCAUGUGGUCAGGUCGGUCAAGUCUCUCUCGCCCUCCAUUGUGUAGCUAGCUGGUGUAUGUGUAUCUGAAUGUGUGUACAUGUGUUCCCCGAGUGUCUUGUGUUGUCUGCCUGUCCUUCCUCACGAGUGAGUGUCUCUGCAGCCCUGCCUAUCCUGUCCCUCCCUCUGCCUCUCACUAAUUACACACACGUCCCACCCACUACACCCAUACAAUGCCAUGCACUCAUACAGACAGACAGACGCGUAAGAAGUAGAAGAAGUAUUGAUCAAGGUUGGAUGGAUAGAUGGCUGGAAGGAUGGGUGUAUGGCCGCACAAUACGGCCAUGUCGGCAACCACCCAACCAACCAGCCGUCAAGUCGUCAAGUCACCACACAUAACGAUCACGCAGAAGACAGAGAGAAUGGAAUACACACAAGUAAGUACGGGACCGAACGACCCGUGAGAUUAUUGAGUUGAUUUGAUAUCUAUCAGGAGGUGAGGUGUCCUGCAGCGGCCUGGAGAUACUCAGCCACUGAGAGAGAGUGAGAAAGAAUGAGAGUGAGGGAGGGUCGCAGAAUAGGUGCGAUAGAUACGUGCUGUGCUGGUGGGUGUGUGGCUGGGUGGAUCGAUCCAGUGGUGAGUGAGAUGAUGAAAUGCCUCCUUACACAACGAUAGAUAAUACCAAUCGGCCUUCUCUCUCCUCUCCCUUGUUUGUUCUCCUCGCGCGGCCGCCCAGCCGCCCUCCCCCGCCAAAAUUCCCUCUUCAUCUGCUGUCCCCUCCUGUCCUCUCCUCACCUCUCCUUGCCUGUCCUCCCUGUCUACUACACGCAGCGAUUUAGCACCACGAACCGUCACACACACGUACCCACCACGGAUGCAGGCAGGCACCUCACACACACACGCACCAAGACAAAGAAACGCAUCACGGAAGAGAGCACCACACCCACUCACUCACCGAUGCACACACGGGCGCCGCACGCACAGGCAACAGCAGCACAGCAAGGAAAUCACUUCUGUCUGUCUGCCUGCCUGCCUGCCUGCCUCCCCCCCUCAGUCAGUCCCUCUUGUCAACGGUCCACGAGUGGUCCGUCACGCCACCUUUGCCCGGGCUGCCCCCGCCCUUGGCCAUCUCGCUCGGCACGAUCGUCGCCGGCGUGUCCGACAGCUCCAUGGCUAUCGGCAGUGUGCUGGACGACGUCACGCCGUCCAUGUGCAUCGGGUGUUUGCCGUUGACCUCCUGUAGUGACAAAGGGGCCGGCCGCCGACCGCUGCUGCUGCCGCCGUUGAGACUUCGCAUCGUGUAGAGCACACCGGGGCUGCUCUCCACCAUGCCCCCGGCACCCUUGUUGGUGGAGAGCAGCUCGGUCGACGAGGGGCUGCCGGUGUGUGUGGUGGCGCUGGCGGCCCCCUCGCUGUGGUCGGGAGGCAGCGGGUGGGUGAGGGUCUUGAAAGGGAGAGUGAGGAGGGGGUGGGAGCGGGAGCUGGGGUGGAGGUCGUGGCCGCCGGCCGUGAGCACGUCGGCGGCCUCGUGGAAGGGGAUCAGUGUGUCGAGCAUGGGCAUCAUGCCGUGGAGCCGCUGAUGCCCACCACCUGCAGGGCUGCUCCCGCUGCCACUCCCCCGCCCCCCUCCCGCCUUGCCACCAACCAGCGACGCCAUGAGGGCGUUGUCGUGGCCCGAAUGCAGCAGCUCCAGGCUCGACGUGCCUUCAGGAAGGAAGCCGGCCGGCGAGGCGGGCUGCGUGCCCCUCUCCAGUCCGUCCUCCGCCAUGUGGUUGCCGCUCUUGUCCCCCUUGCUGGGCGACGGGGUGUCGUCCCGCCGCUUCCGCUUCUUCCGCCCGCUCGUGUCGCCCUCUGGGAGGGAGGGGGGGUGGGCGACGUCUGACGGGGGGAAGCCGAAGGCCGACCGAGCUGACGCGUCGGGGUAGGCCGACUGAGAGGACGACUGGUAGGAGCGAGUCAGCCGCCGGCGCUUGGUGUCCUCCUCGCCGCUGCCUCCUCCCUUCUCUUUGGUGGACUGCUCGCCACUCGCCGCUGCUGCGUAGAGGUAGGGGUGGGGGUAGGACGAGAGAUCCAGGCCGAACGCAGAGCCGCUCUGGCCGGCCGCGAGGGGCUCGAAGGGGUUGGCAGAGAGGGACGCCGCGCCUGUGGGGGUGAGGAAGGGGUGCAGCGGGGGGUCGCUCGUGUUGGGGAAGCCGCCGGCAGCCUCAGCGCCAUAGCCCCCAUACCCGCCGUAGGCCCCGUCAGCCGUCUGCGCGGGAACGGCAGCAUAGGCAUCAUACGGCGCCAGGUCGCCCUCGCCCUGCCCCUCCUUGCCUGUCGCGUCGCCCUCCCGCCGGCCAUAGUGCUGGUAGUACUGCUGCACAAACUCGCUGCCAUGGUGUGAGUCGGGCAGCCCCUCAUGGUCGCCCCCCGCCCCCUGUGUGCCCUCCUCACUCUCGGGUUUGACCUGCAGUGGGGCGGCUGGUGGGUGGAAGGGUCCUCCCGCACCGCCCGCCACCCCGCCCUGGCUGCCGUCAUCGGCCGUGUCGAACGGGGGCUGCGGGGAUGCCUGUGCGAGUGCGGUGAGGAGGUGCUGGAUCAUGUUCUGGAUGUGGUGGCGGUAGCGGGGGUCGAACUUCUCGUUGUCCCACAGGUACCGGUGCUGCGCCAGGGCCACCAGCUGCUCGAGAGUCAGCGAGUUGAGCCGCUCCAGCUCAGCCGCGUUGGGCUCCAUCGACGGGUCGCCGCCGGACGCGAUGGCCGCGGGACUGUCGAUGGUGGGCGGCUGGCCACCCAUCCCCUGCGCCAGGUAGGCCGCGUAGCUCUGCUCACUGCCGGGCGGCGGCAGGGCGAUGCCCUGUGCGCGCAUCUGCUGUGCCAGGACGGCCAUCUGGGGGUCGCCCGAGAGCGCGCCGUUGGACAUGGCCUGCAGGAGGCUGAGCAGCCCUCCCCCAGCACCACUGGUGGGCUGGUGCACGGGGCUGUUGCCGCCGCUCUUGUUGCUGCCGUCGUGCAUGGCUGCCCGGCAGCGGCCGCUCCCGCCGUCUCCGCCGCCCGACCGGCUUGACGCAGACCCGUUGCGGGUGCUCUGUCGUGUCUUCUUGUCUCGUUUGAUGCCGAGGGAGGGGUGCAUCGACUUGUUGGCGGCGAGGCGGUCGAAGAUCUGGCGGUCGAGCUUCUGGAGCUUCUCGUGCUGGUUGGAGGCGUCGGCCACGUCCAUCGACGUAUCGGUGCCCAUCUUCUCGGCCUGUGGACAGAGAUCAGGAGGUGGAUCAGACCAAUAACAGAUGGUUCUGGUGUGGUGUGGCGUCGUGUGGUGUGUGGUGUGGGCGAAGGAAGGUACCUACCUUGUAUCUGACUUUGUACUUCUCCCAUUUGUGUUGGAUGGCCGAGUUGAACCUGUUCUUGACGCUGUUGUCGGUGCGUCCGGGCAUCGUGCGGGCGAUGUCAGCCCACCGGUUGCCGUGAUCCAUCACCAUCUGCACACACCACACAUCACACAUCACACAUACAUAAGAGUGAGAGAGAGUGUCCGUGUGUGAGAGAGAGAUUUAAGGUGGCUUGCCUUGAAGAUGUGGUAGUCCUCGCCCUCGGUCCAUUCGCCCUUCUUGACGUGCGGAUCCAAAUGGUUCAUCCACCUGCACACACACACACGCAUGAGUGAUUGGUGGGGUGGGUGAGCGGAUGCCCCGGAUGCCUCCUGCCUGUCUGUCUGUCUGUCUGUCUGUCUGUCGGUCGCUGACCUUUCCCUGCACUGCUUGCCCGUGCGAUUAAUUAGACUCCCCAUCAUAGACCUGCAGACACACAAGCAAGGGCAAACGGUGAGCUUCCUCCAUCCCCUCGACUGGGAGUGCGUGUCCUGUGUGGCAGUGGACUGCAGUGCAGUGACUGACGUACCAGUUCUUGGCACCAUACUGCUUGACCAGCUCGGUGAGUGCACGGUCCUCGUCAGCCGACCAGCUGCGGGAGUUCUGACCUGCACACAACAACGAGGACACAACACAGGACAACACCAAGACAGACACAGAGAAAGAGAUAGAUGACCAUGGGUUCAUUCGCCAUUCAUUUCAUUGUGACCCCCAGCCCCCACCAAACCACACCAUGGCACGGUACGGGAUGCAUUCAUUCACUUCACCCACGAGCAUGGCAUGAGCACUCAUGGUGUGUGGAUGUCAUGUAUGUGUGUGUGGGUCUGUCUUACUGAGGUUGAGCUUUCGCUGCGUCUCAGCGAACUCCCUGGCGAGGCCGGCUUCACUGCUGCGGCCCUUGCCCUCUCCCCCCAUAGCCUCCAAGCCGACAGAGAGGGCGCGCGGGAAUGCACGCCCACAACCACUAAUCACCCCGACCCAGCCGCAAGAGGCCCGUCAGGUCGAGCGACUGGAGGGCCUGCAACCGCCGGGUCUUUGGGGCAGGUGUCGUGGCGAGUCUAUGGGUCCGAUCGUCGGCGGUAGCGGCUCAACGCAGGCCAACGACAACGACAGGCAACGCCCGCCCAGUCGAACUGCCGACUCCCGGGACAGUCACGCAGUCCACGGCCGCUCUGCACGCCCAGUGCGGCGCUGCUGGUGUGUUGAUUCGGGAAUUGCCCGCCGUGCCUCUGUCUUCCCCGGGGUGCGCUUCGCGGGGUUUCGCCGUUAGAGGUCGAAAGAGCUCACAAGGCUGUCACUGCCGUCGGGACGUGAAGCACUGCACUGCCCUGUGGCACGUGAGACUCUGCGGAUCCGUCUGCUUGGUUUUUUCCUUUCUC